AUGAGUAACAACUUCGAAGCGAAAUAUACAAUUCAUCUUUUACGGGAAAAGCCGGAAUAUGUUCAAGAAGUAAGCAACAUAUUCUACAACGAAUGGCAGGACAGUUAUCAUGCAUUCGGUUUGCUGACCCUCGAAGCUGUGAUACAAGACGCCGAAAUGAAUUAUAUUCGAAAUGAAAAACAACUACCUUUAUUAAUGAUUCUACUGGAUAAACAGAGUCAGAAUCUUAUUGCAACUAUUGGUUUGGAAGUUUUUGAUGUAUCUCCAGGCAAUCCAUAUUAUAAUAUAACACCUUGGCUAGCUUGUACUUAUACGAAGCCAGAAUAUCGUGGACAAGGUAUAGCAAAGUACAUGAUUGGGAAAAUCUUCGAACUAGCGAAAGAAUUGAAACAUACAUAUGUGUGGCUAUGGACGAGAAGUGCUCAAGGUUUAUUUGAAAAACAAGGAUUUCACCUCGUCGAAACGUUACGGCACGGCGAAUCGAAUAUUAAUGUUAUGAGAAUUGAUUUUGAUACAUCAAACUAUUGA